AUGGUAGAGGAAGGCGGCAAGACCCAGAGCGGCCAAGUGGAGAAUGGAAGUGAUUUUGCGGCUUAUCGUAUGAUUCAUGCGACGUUAACCAAAGCACAGUGGAAGAAAUUGAGGACUGUUAGUGCCGAAGACUUCCAGAGGUUUACUCCUUACGGUUCCGUUAACCAGCAUGUGACAGCCAAAAUAGUUGAAGGGACGGACCCUGAGUCCUGGUCGACUAGGCUCCCUUGGUGGAUCACGGGCUGCCUAUUACAGCAUUCGGGUGUAUCGAUUAAUAGUCUCGCUCACUUUUGCCUAACUGAUCUCAAGUAUGAUCCGUAUUAUGAUAACGCUGGACUUGUAUGCUUGGAGAAGAGCGCUGUUAGUUGUAGAGAACUCUGUGACAGGGACGACUUUACAGAUCGGUUGCAGAAGUUGAAGCAAAGGUUGGCAGGUUUGCCCACAAUUUCGGCGACAGGGUUUGCCUCCCAGAAGAAUCUCGUUUCCGAGUGCUUGUUCGACGACGGGGACGUGUGGGAGCACGCAUGGGUCAGCCGCUACUGGGAGCCUCUGGAGCGAGCGGGGUACGACCGGCUCACGCCGAUCGUUUCGCACGAUCGUCAGAACCGUUGGAGGAGGUCGUUCACUAGCGGAGUAGUCGAUGGGUUCGAGUCGUGGAGCAUGUGCGGGAAAGAAGGCACAACGCCUGUGUACAUGCCAUCGCUCAGUCCAUGGACACCGCUAGGUAAGAGAGCUCUGGGAACGGAGUUGUCGGACUUCGAAGCUUACCGCAUGAUUUAUCAAUCGUUGUCUGAGUCACAGUGGAAAGAAUUGAAAGCCGUAACUGCCGGGGACUUGACCUCGUGCGACCUGGCUUACGUAGAGCUGGGCGCCAUUAUUUCGUACUUUUUUGACGCCCCCUACGGCCUGCUGGACCACAGUAUAAUGAAGCAACUGAAUACGGUUAUGCGAUUGGGUCAGGCCCGUUUGUGGGUCACGGGAUGCCUGCUACAGCGGACCGGCGUGAUGAUUGAGAGUCUGAUCGACUUUUGCGUCAACGAGCUUAACUACCUGCCCAAGACCGGAACUGAAAGAGCGCGCCAACUGGAAUGUCUGCAUAUAGACGGUUUCGUUCACUAUUGCGGAAGAAAGAACUGUACUCGCUUCUAUGCCCGACAUGCACUCACUCGAAGGCUGGCCGGACUACCGAAGGUUUCGGCCGCCCAGUUCGCAACCAUGGAGCAGAGCACGGUUGACAACUUAUGCAGGCCCAUUGCUCUAGCCUCCAAACCCUCUACAUCGCCGUCCUCUGAUCAGCCCUCUGAUCAGCCCUCUGUUCAGCCCUCUGAUCACCCCCCCCCUGAGCGAAAGAGUUCGAAGACGGGCGCUGGCGGACCGGAAGUAGUGCCGGUUUCGGGAAAGACGCCGGGGGUAAUCGAGUGCGAAGCCCGUUGGGUGCCAAGGUACUGGCGGCCGUUGGGGGAGGAUGAGUACUUUACACUUCGCGGGUCUAUGACCGGCCUCGCCGCUCACCGGCGCAAACGGUGGCGGACGUUAUCCAGGUUGUUCUCGACGGAGUUGGACUGGGAUGAUUGGACGAUGGUCAGCAGAGACGGAAGGACCAGACCGCUGUACAUACCAACUCUGACUAGCGCUGGAAAGGCGCUGCCAAGGGAACUGGAGCAUAGCUUCGCAACGAACCCGUUUGCAGCUUAUCGAGUGGUUUAUAGUUCGCUCACGGAACAAGAGUGGAAACGCCUGAAGACAGUCAGCCUUGAGGAUUUUCAAAGGUGCAAACUCGCUUUCGUAGAACUUGGCGCAAUCAUCUCAACCUUUUUCGAUGACCCCUACGGGAUGGUCGACCAGUAUCUUACAGACAAAAUAGUUGAAGCUAUGCGCAUAGGUCCGACCUCAGGACGAAUCCGCUUCUGGAUCGCCGGCUGUCUGCUUCAACACUCAGGCGUCUCCAUUGAUCACCUCUGCGAAUUCUGCAUCACUAAACUCAACUACGACCCCUUCUUCAAAAGAUAUGAUACACGGCCUCUGGAGUGUCUGGAAAAGCGACACGUGGUCCACGCAAUCCCCCAAGACGACGGCGGUGUCGACGGACGGUUGCAAGAUCUCAGGGCCCGAAUCCGGAGACUACCAGAAGUUUCUGUGACCGAAUACGCCCAUCUGUCCAAAGAAGAACUGGAUCAGAAAAUGAGACAGAUGAAUCCUCCUCAGAUGGAUCCUCCCAAAAUUGAUGCUAUGCAUGUCGACACCACCCACAUGGAAGCUACCUCUCCCGUCUGGAGACUUUCCUCCAGCAGCGAUUCUGCGGAGAUCAGGAAGGAUAGAAAACGCAAAGAACGACCGACCCCGCCCUUGGUCAAAAGGCGAUGGCGACGUUCAAGACCCCAGGUGAUCGACAGCGACAAGGACGGCAGGACGCCGCCGCCAAAGAAACAGGUUCUCGCUCGUGGAGUCUGGACUGAAGUCUACGACGAUCAAGAAUACUUCGCGAACCGCGAGCUUGAGGAAGUCGUCCGAACCAUGUGGCGGGAACAUUACCAAGUACUCUCGUCAUGCCUAGAAUUGUUGGGCUAUUGA